GCUUACAAGUAAUAAAUCGGGAAGCAAGUCUAUGAAUGUGUCAAUGAGCUGCACUGCACAUUAAGUUCCGCGCGCUGCUCGCGCGGCGGGCGCCGAGGCCAUGGCGGACGAGGGCGAUUUGCUGGUGGUGCUCUUCGACCUGGUGCUGCUGCGCCCGGAUAAUCCCUCGGCGGACUCCCUUGACGUGACUCCGGCCGAGAUCCUGUCUCAGCUCCUGGCUUUUGCAAAUGCCUACACCAUGCUCAGCAGCCACAACCGCCUCGCCGUGUUCGCGGGGCAACACGACUUCAGCCACCUGGUGCACCUGGGCCUGGGCGAGGACGCCAGUAACACCGAGGUCUUCCCCGCCGGCGCCCUGCACACACGACUGACGGACCUGGUCACGCAGUGCGCGGCGGCGGCGGCGGCAGGAGGCGCGGGCGCAGGGGCUGCAGCCAAUGCUGGCCAGGGCGCAGGCCCCGGCUUCGCGCUGUCGGGCGCACUGUCCCGCGCGCUGUGUCUGGUCCACCGCCUGCAGCAGCAGCAGGCGGCCGCGGGCGGGCGGCCGCGCGGGCGGCCUCGUGUGCUGGCGCUGCUGGGCUGCGGCGACACGGCGGCUCAGUACAUCCCGGUGAUGAAUGCCAUCUUCUCCGCGCAGCGCGCCCAGGUGGUGCUGGAUGCGGUGGUCGUGGCGCCGCAGGACUCGUCCUUCAUGCAGCAGGCCGCGCACCUCACAGGCGGGCUGUAUUUCCGGCCGCACCGAGGUCGCGGCCUGCUGGGUGUGCUGCUCAACCACUUCGUGUGCGACACCGCCACCCGCAAGCAGCUGGAUGAGGCUCAGGCCUUAGGGGUGGACUUCCGUGCCUCCUGCUUCUGCCACAAGUACGUCAUAGAGACUGGCUACGUGUGCAGCGUGUGCCUGUCCAUUUUCUGCCAGCCCAGCCGCUCAUGCACCACGUGCGGCACAGCGUUCGGUGCGGGCGGCAAGGCGGUGGGCGCUGGUGGGGGCGGGGGAGGGGCGGGCGCGGUGGGAGGCGGGUCGUGAGGGCGGGAGAUGGGACGCAGGGGCGUGUGGGGGUGCGGGUGUCAGGCGGUAUGCACGCAGGGGUAGGCCCACGGGCAGUGGCAAUCCGCCAGGGACGGCCAAGUGGUUGUGUUGAGGCUGCGGCUGAUGAUUAUAAAUAAACGCGUGGCGGGCGUCACGCUUUGUGUUGGAAGCAUAGCUAUGGUGUGAGAUGCAAUGGCACAAGCGGGCACAUUUUGGGAGGCUGAUGGAACGAAUGAACAAGAAAAUUAACGAAGUGUCAAGUUAGUCAUGUCGGGCUUGGCGACAAGCUACAUUAUCGGUAUGGAGUGGGUCAGAGGGCGUCACACAAGCAGAUGCAAUUGCAUAUCUGGUUGAAAGAUACCCGCCCCUGCCUCGGGUGGAGGGCCUGCCGCAGUGGAGGUGGAGGUGCAUUCGCGCCGCGUGGGGCUGCGUGGGGCUGCAUACGGCCCCUGAAUCUCGCCAACUACCCGUUUCCGGUGGGUUUUGGCAAGGCAUUUUGGGGCCCCUGGAUGGCGUGGGCGAGAACGUGGCCUUCUCGCCAGCGGCGGCGGCCUACCCCUGGAAGAUGCAAGAGGGCCUAUGCACCCUAGUGGUGAAGCCCAAUCACUGUGUAGCGCACCUGUAUCCCUGCCAUCAGUCCAUCAGUCCAUCAGUCCAUCAGUUACAUGCACGCUGCUGUUACGUACCUACCCUCACAGCCGAAGUUGUAAUGGGGAGGCUUU